GGGGGUUUAGGGGGCGGGUGCCUGUCUGGUGGGUGGCAGAGUUCAGCUCCCUGGAGGGGUGAAGGAGGGACGUCCCAAAGACCGGUCUUUGAGGAAGGAGUGGGGGUUGACAUCGGGAGGAAGGACCCAGUUGGGUGUCUCAGGGGAGCGAAGGCUUUAGGGGGACAGCUGGGGGGUCUCCACUAUAUAGACCACUGAAGGUUGAAGGAGGUACUUCUUGGCACAAGGCCUUGGAAAGUUCAGGAGCCCUGGAAAGGAGAAGGAAUAAGACGUCAGGAGGAAGAGAGAGAGAGGGUAGAAUGGAAGAGUCUCACUUCAAUUCUAACCCAUACUUCUGGCCUUCUAUCCCCACAGUCUCAGGGCAGAUUGAAAAUACAAUGUUUAUCAACAAGAUGAAGGAUCAGCUAUUGCCAGAAAAGGGCUGUGGACUGGCGCCACCUCACUACCCCACUUUGCUGACAGUGCCUGCCUCAGUGUCUCUGUCCUCUGGCAUUAGCAUGGACACAGAAUCCAAGUCAGAACAGCUGACCCCACACAGUCAGGCAUCUGUUACCCAGAACAUCACUGUGGUCCCUGUCCCAUCUACAGGGCUGAUGACUGCAGGAGUCUCCUGUUCUCAGAGGUGGAGAAGAGAAGGGAGUCAAUCAAGGGGUCCUGGUUUGGUGAUCACAUCCCCCUCAGGCUCUCUUGUGACCACAGCCUCAUCGGCUCAGACCUUCCCUAUUUCGGCUCCCAUGAUUGUCUCAGCUCUUCCCCCUGGCUCACAAGCCCUGCAGGUGGUCCCUGACCUCUCCAAGAAGGUAGCGUCAACCCUAACUGAGGAAGGAGGCGGAGGUGGCGGUGGAGGUGGCAGUGUGGCUCCUCCUAAACCUCCUCGGGGCCGCAAGAAGAAGCGGAUGCUGGAAUCAGGGCUUCCUGAGAUGAGUGACCCUUACGUCCUUGCCCCCGAUGACGACGACCAUCAGAAAGAUGGCAAGACCUACAGGUGCCGGAUGUGCUCACUGACCUUCUACUCAAAGUCGGAGAUGCAGAUUCACUCCAAGUCACACACCGAGACCAAGCCUCACAAGUGCCCGCACUGCUCCAAGACCUUCGCCAACAGCUCCUACCUGGCCCAGCACAUCCGAAUCCACUCGGGGGCCAAGCCCUAUAGUUGUAACUUCUGUGAGAAAUCCUUCCGCCAGCUCUCCCAUCUGCAGCAGCACACCCGGAUUCACUCCAAGAUGCACACGGAGACCAUCAAGCCCCACAAGUGCCCGCACUGCUCCAAGACCUUCGCCAACACCUCCUACCUGGCCCAGCACCUCCGAAUCCACUCGGGGGCCAAGCCCUACAACUGUUCCUACUGCCAGAAGGCCUUCCGCCAGCUCUCCCACCUCCAGCAGCACACACGAAUCCACACCGGUGAUAGACCCUACAAAUGUGCACACCCGGGCUGUGAGAAGGCCUUCACACAACUCUCCAAUCUGCAGUCCCACAGACGGCAGCACAACAAAGACAAACCCUUCAAGUGCCACAACUGUCACCGGGCGUACACAGACGCAGCCUCACUAGAGGCCCACCUAUCUACACACACGGUGAAGCACGCCAAGGUGUACACCUGCACUAUCUGUAGUCGGGCGUACACGUCGGAAACAUACCUUAUGAAACAUAUGCGCAAACACAACCCUCCUGAUCUUCAGCAACAAGUGCAGGCGGCGGCGGCGGCAGCGGCAGUGGCCCAGGCCCAGGCUCAGGCUCAGGCUCAGGCCCAGGCCCAGGCCCAGGCUCAGGCCCAGGCCCAGGCCCAGGCCCAGGCCCAGGCUCAGGCCCAGGCUCAAGCUUCCCAGGCAUCACAGCAGCAGCAACAGCAACAACAGCCACAGGCACCACAACCACCACACUUCCAGUCCCCUGGGGCAGCUCCCCAGGGUGGGGGUGGUGGGGACAGCAACCCGAACCCUCCACCCCAGUGUUCCUUUGACCUGACCCCCUAUAAGACGGCAGAGCAUCAUAAAGACAUCUGCCUCACUGUCACCACCAGCACCAUCCAGGUGGAGCACCUGGCCAGCUCUUAGAGAUCCGUACUGCCAUCCACUGGAAAGAGGGAGAAGACGUUCUGGCAGAAAGUGCUCUUCUUCCUUGACAAGUCCUGUCUGCAGCUCCUGGGUCCUCAGGCAUGGCUUCCUUCGCAAGAUAACCACCCUUAAUCUCAGCUGCUCCUGAUUGACAAAGGAAUCCUGAGCUGAUAGUGUUAUCCAGCAGCCCCAUCCAAGCAGAGCUUUUAAAACUGGGGGUUGGUGCUUGAGAGAGGAUCUGCUGUGACCUCACAUCUUGUCCAGUGUGGGCACUUACCUUUCUCUCUUCUCAUCCUCAAAGUUGGGGCCAAUAGAAGGCUAGCGGCUGGCCUCCCACACAACAGAAAAGGAAGCUCUAAAUGCAACCAGCCUUCCGUUGUACGCUUACCUGUAAAAGAACAGGUUUUGCACGUGGCCUGACCCCUGUGAGCCAUUUUCUUUCCCUUACGUGGUCUCACUUCCUAUUGGGUGGUGACUGUACCUUUUUAUUCGUAAGGGGGACAGUAGCUGAUACAUGGUCACCAAGGUGCCAGAGAUUCCCCAGGUGACCAAAGGUGGUAUAAGAGUAUGGGUUAUGAUUUUUUCCUUCAAGUCUCCUUCCUUCUCUGCCAACCAAGGGCCUAUAUACUCUGCCUCACCACCCCAGUCCAAGGAGCUAUGGGAGCUGUGUUCUCUGCAAAACCCCAGCCAGGUUAUUGCAGAGAAGAGAGAAGUCAGAGCACAUACAAGGACUGGACUUAGCUCCCUAGGUGCCACGGUCAGAUGCCAGACAUGGAUUUAUAUAUAAAUAUAUAUAUAUAAGUAUAUAUAUAUAUACCUGCUCAUCACGGCCAUCUCUGUUGUAACCAUUUCUGUGUUUAUAAAUGCAUUAUCUCUGAGAAUUUUCACAUUGAUGUUUUGUUUUUGUCUUUUUUUUCUCCACCUUGUCCUCUGGCCAUGGCAUUUUAAUUUUCUUUUACCUUUUAAUUUUUUUAAUCACGGCAGAUUUCAGAGAAAAGAAAAUUAAAAUAAUCAGGAAUUAUACAGUUGUUAUAAAGCAAUUUAAAAAUGAAAAUUCUUAUGUACAAACUAAGGGGUGUUUUUAGAACAUUGUAUAGAAAUAAAUUCAUGUUUAAGGA